UCGCUUGGUUUAGUUUACCUGAGUCGUUUGAGUGAAUUUGUUCCAAGCGACUCUAUACCAGCGAAAAUAUGUGUCUCAAAUAGUGUAAAAUUGUUCGAAAUUAAACUGAAUUUGAUCUUUUGCGUUUGAAUAUAUAAAGCACCAACAACGACUCAAUAGUUUUCCGUUCGAAAUACCGCUUCGCCCAUCCUAUUGUGCACUGCUUUGUUGUUCUGGUUGUUGUUGUUGUGGCUGUUGCUUGUUCCACUUGUUUUCUAUAUUUCUAUGUACAAGGACGGUGAUGCGACGCUGCUGAAGUCGUACUCGUCCUUGCUUGACAAAGGCGCAACAAUUAGCACGCGCAACAAGGCGGGUGAGUCGAUGUGUUCGUGAAUGUGUGCGUGAGAAAAUCAAUACUAAAAAAAAAACAAAAUACAAAAACUGAAAGCAUUGCUUAUGUUUGCGUGUAUGUGCGGGCCUUGUGAUUGUGUUUGUGUGCGUAGGUGUUGCGUACUAAACUUUCUUUUUCUACAAACAGCCAAAUAAUUGAAGCAGUCAGGAAAAUACCAAAAAGUUAAAUAAAGAAAAUACCAAAACCUACACAUUCCAUACACAUAGUAUGGAAAAUAAACAGAAUGCUGCAGUUACCGCCAACGCCGCUGCCACUGCCGCUUCCCCCGCCGUUGCCGCCAGCAGCAGCAGCAACAAUGCCGACGACAAUGACAGUGAUAAUGAUGUGGUCACCGAUUUUCUAAACUCCAAUUGCAACAGCAACACCAACGGAGUGGGAGACGUGUCAGCUUCUCCCGCUGCGCCAAAUACGAAAAUCUUGCAUUCUGCCCCUCGUGUUACAGUGGAAAGUCAAAAUUAUUGCAUACCUGUUAUUAAUGCACCUGUCCCAGCUGUGGCGCUUCCUGCAAAUAACAAUAACAAUACUAACAAUAUAACGCAACACGGCAACAACAACAUGAUACCCACAAUUAAUGUGACACCUCAUAGCCCGGCCUCGGCCUCCAAGUACAACAACAUCUUCGAGGACACGUUGAGCCAGUUGCAAAAUAUACGCGAAACGGUGCAGCAGAUGAAGAACUCCUCCUCCAGCCACAAUCAGCAGGAUGGGCUGGCCAACAGCUAUGGCCUGCUUAAUGCGGCGAUACUUAGCGCCUCGCUGCCCGAUCUCAGCAAUACGGGAGGCAGUACCAACGUCAACGGCGCCGGUGGCAUCAACAACAUGGGCAUCAUGUGGUCAGCAGCGCCACAGCAAUGCCUUCUCCUGCACACAGACCGACGGAAAUCCUGGACGGCGGUGGAUGAUGGCAAUGCGACGGGUGAUUGUACCAACAAGAGCGUCAGCCUGUCCAGUCUGGACAGCGAGGAGCAGGAAACCAUACGCGUUACCGAGCAGCGAAGGCGCUCCGCUAGGAACAGCACAGGCGGAAUUUCAACUCAUUCGCUGAACGAGGCGGAGCUGGCGCGAGAUUUCGAGCGUAUUGCGGCUAAGAGAAGUCUAGCCACGGAGAUUAUUAGCCGAAUACCGUUGCAGAAGAGCAUAUCAACCUCAUCGAUCAUUGCCAAGGAGGACAUCAAAGUAAUCUCGCGUCACCUCACAGAUAGCGAGGAUGAGAAUCAGUCCUUGUUGCGCUCACAUGCCAAGAUCGAGGUUUAUGAUCACGUAGAGAAGCGUCCAAAGCGUGGGUCCCUAUUCUUUCGAAAAAAAAAACCAAAGACCAAGACGAAGUCGCUAGUGGGUGGCGUUCAGCUAAGCGAUAUGGAAUCGCACCUGGAACGCAAAAAACUGUCAGCAGGCCAGGACUAUUGUGAUGGCUCUGAGGGCCUGCACCAGCAGCAUUACCACCAGCAUCAUCAGAUGCAGGAGCAAGAGGAUCAACAGCCGCUGAUACGUGCCGCCGAGCUACAAUUUCUUAAUGAGCCGCCAAUCGAGGCGCAGGACUUAGGAGCUGACCCCGUACUGGGCAUUGUACUACAAGAGCCCGACUCCUGGACGCCGAAUGUACCCAAAGAGCAGCUGAAAACGCUUAAGGAACUCCAGAUUAAGCGACAGGAGCACAUUUACGAGUUCAUCAUGACCGAGAAGCACCACUGCCAGACGUUAAUUGUAAUGCGCAAAGUCUUCGUGGAAAGUAUGGAGCGGCAUUUCCCAGCGCUGAAUACGCACAGCAUGUUUCCUCGGCUCCAGCAGCUGACAGAGCUGCACACCUGCUUCCUGCGCCAGCUGCGGCAGAAGCAACGCGAACAUCUCGUUGUGGAUAGCAUUGCGGACAUCCUGCUCGAGUUCUUCUCGCUGGAGCAGGCGCAGUGCCUGCGCUUGGCCUACGGCGAAUUCUGUGCGAACCACCGCAGUGCUCUGGAACAGUUCAAACAAUGCCUCGCUGAGCCGAGCUUUGCUGAAUGGUAUAAGCACUGUCUGCAGAAUCCCCUGCUCAAAAAGAAGGGCAUACCAGAGUGCAUAUUGUUUGUCACACAGCGAUUGACUAAGUAUCCGCUACUGAUUGAGCCUUUGCUAAAAAGCGCACGAGAUAAUAAGUUGGAGACGGAUAAGCUGCAGCAUGCGCUGAACUUGGUCAAAUCUCUUCUGGUUGACGUUGAUGCCUGUGUGGCGGAGAAGGAACUGCGUGAGCGACAGUUGGAGAUCUAUGCCCGCGUCGAUGCGAAAUCUUUUGCUAUCUAUAAGAAUAAACCCUUCCGCAAGACCGAGUUGGGAGUGGAGUCACGGCGACGUCUCAAGUUCGACGGGUUGGCCACGUUGAUGCAGGGUCGAGCUAAGACGCAGUUGGUUUUGAUUGUAGUGCUCACAGAUUGCCUUUGCUUUCUUGUCGAGAACUCGGCGCAUAAUAAGUAUGCGUUCUUCACGCCCGAGCACAAGGCGGGCGUGGUUCCGUUGCAAAAGCUGCUGAUACGCGAGAAAGCGGGGACCGAAUCUCGUGGAAUCUAUAUCAUCAGCUCCAAUCCCGAUUUUCCCGAAAUGUACGAACUCAAGGUGCAAACGCCAAAGGACAAACAAACCUGGAUACAGAGCAUCAGGCAGGCAGUGCUCGACUGUCCUGCCACGGAUAUCAUCGAAGCUGAAGCGCUGACGGCUGAAGAGAAGCUCCGCAUUGGUGUCAACAAGCGCGAGAUCAUUGAGAAGAUGCGCCAAAAGGAUAUUGAACAGGCGUUACUGCUGGAGGAGAAACUGAUGCUACAGUUCAAUCUGCUCAAGCAGCAACAACCCUUCGGCGAAGAUCUCAAUGCGGCUAACACGAAUGGCAGUGCGGCCAAUUUCCUGGCUGCCUUUGGCUCCUAUAAGGAGUUGGUUUCCACAGACUGCGAUACUGCGGAGCUCUGGCGACGCGUCCUCAACACUGUGCAGGACAUUAGUCAGCUGGCGGCAAGCAUUUAUAGCGCUGCCACUGGGCUUCCCGUCUCUCGCACCGUCAGUAGCGUGGGCGAGAAACAAAGUGCUCUCUAUGCGUCGCCCACAUUGCCGAAGCGUGCGGAAACCUUUGCGGGCUUCGAUGAGAAAAGGGGUAAACUGAACGUGGGACGGGAGGCCAAGCUGACGCCGCGGCUGCAGGAGCUGGAGGAGAAGCGUGAGCUGAAGACCCAAGCACCAGUUGAGUUGGCUGCAGCGCCAACGCAGCUCCAACUGCACGCCAGCACGCUGCCCACCAAUAGCAAGGAGCACAACUACGCGGUGCUCCAGGUGUCGCAUCAUUUGCACACGCUGCUCUGCAUCAUCUCGCAGCAAAUGACUUGCAUACAGAGCCUGCAGCUGCAACUGGCGCUGUAUCGCGAGUCGCCAAGGAGCAGCAGUGUCGGCGGAGGCUCUAGCGCCGGCGGUGCAGGUGGUUCAGGAGCUGGCGGUAGCUCUGCCUACACGCACAAGGAUCAGCUGGAGGAGCUGCGCAACUUGCAGGAUAAGCUGCAGGAAGAGAAGACCGCUUGGUUGCGACAAAAGCAACAGCAAAUGGACGAGCUCGUCGAAAUGCGGGCGCAGCAGCUGCAGCUGCAGCAGCAAAUUAAGGCCGAACAGGAGGACAUACGCCAGCAGCGUGAGCAGCUCUAUCGGAAAAUGGAGUUGUUGUCCAGUCAAGGCCUUUUGCUAUCGCCCAGUACUCCGCUGCCAACGCUUGCGCCAGCCCUCGCACCUGUCGCUUUGCCGGAGGACGCACAUGAGCUGGACACGCCCACGGCAACAACACCAACAACAACAACCGCCUCCACCAUCGAUAGACGUAAGGAGAAGUGGCUGAGCAGCGGAUCCAGUUGCAAGACUCCGCCUGUGCAUUUGCUUAGUGCGAAUAACGCGCCGAAAGCGAAUGCGACGCUCGUGAAACAGAAACUGCCCAUGAAACUAUCAUCGUUGUCAUCCGGCACGCGGGUCGACAAAUCAGCCAGCUUCAAUAACAGCUCCAGCAAUGGGUCCACGCCUGCUUCCGCCGGAGUGCAGCAAAUGUUUCCACUAAAGUUGGCCGACAAGCAACGGCAAAUGGCCACGCCUACGCCGCAGCACUCGCGCACCGGCAGCUCACCAGCCAUCAUACAGCAGGUCGGCGGAGCCCCGGUCACCAACUUAACGCCAAAUUCUACAGGACAUUACGCCGGAUAUGGAGGAGCCGCUGCAGCAGCAGCUGCUCAGCAGCAUCAACAGCGACUGGCGCAAACACCCACGAGCAGCCGCAACAAUGCGAAUGCGAAUGCGAAUUUGAAUGUGAAUGUGAAUAUGAAUAUGAAUAUGAAUGUGAAUGCAGCCGCACGUGUGAGUGCUCCUCUGGGCAAUUCGGGGCAAGCGCCACGCGCCAAGCCCGAGGAGGAGGAGAUCUACUUCUGACGCAAAUUCACGCCAGAGGUAGAAAUCUAAAAAUUUAAGCAGCCAACCCCCACAUUCCAAUAAUAGCUCAAAGGUGUGGUAUAAUUUGCCUAGCAGUUAGGAACAUGUUCUUCAUUUGCUGUAGAUAGGAGAUAAAUUCCCUAGAAAUGCUUUAUCAUUCCAGCAUUUCAUACAAGACAUACGUUAUGAAAUUCUAGGUUAAGUGCAAGUUUUGUUUACUGGUUUUGCUCUUAUUUCUUGUUUUAUUCCACUUCAACUCUACUCAAGAAAGUCAGGACGAAAGUGCCACGAAUCAAUUGACAAUUCACUUUUACUAUCACAAUUCACUUUCCUCUCUUUUAAAUUAAAUCAUUUUCUUUUUUCACAUUUGAUGUGAAGUCAUAGAAAUUAAAGAUAUUUUUACAUAUUAAAGGACACAUAAUAAUAGAGAAGAGACUUAUUGUGUAUUAUUCCGCUGUUCCUUUUGACAAGAAAUAUGCUAAAGAAAAUAAAAAAGUAUUUACAUAAAAACGAAUAGUAAAUAUUUAGUACAAGUAAGAAUAUUUGAAAUGAAAGAGUUCGUAUAGAAAUUAUGUGAAGACUAACUAUUGAAAACAUUUGGGAUUAUGGAAUACUGAGAACUAAAACAUAUCUCUCAAAUGCUUAAAUAUGUUUCCAUUUCACAUUCAAAUACAUUUCCAUUAGGUAACCAAUUAAAAUGUGGGCAAAUUAUACCAUUAACCAGGCAUCUCAAAAACGCAGUCUACUCGUUUGAGUGCUCGUCCAUUAACUUAAGUAAUCCCAAGUCUGUGUUUACCAAUAUAUAAUAUAUAUAUUUACAUAUAUAUCUAUGUUUACUUAAUUUUUCAAAUUUCUUUAACUAAGUAUCUCAAAAAGUAUCAAAGUUUUUAUAAGUGUACUGUAUUAUACGUAGAAAAAGAUGUCUGGACUUUACAGAGUACAACUUUGUACUUAAAACUUAAAUUUAUAAAAACUUUGAUCGGGUCCUAACACCAUCUUAUCAAACAGUUCUUUUUUUAAUGUGUUUAAAAUUGUUUGAAAUUGUCAAAUGCAUUUUUAAUCUCUUUUUGUUUCAACUACUUCAAUAUCUGAAUAGUCACGGAAGUAGUUUGAAUUAAUGAUCUUAACGUAUAGCUAACUAUUUAUUCUCUCAAUGUACUUAGACUUUUGUAUUCUUCACAAAUCUAUUGUGUGUUUUUACUUUUAAUCUUCUUCAAAUCCAACUUAAUUAUGUAUUAAACAAUUACACAAAAAGAAACUCUAGAUAUUAGAAAGCGAUAUCGAUAACUGAAACGAAUAUGAAUGUAAAAAAAAUCAUGUAUGGUUAGGUCUCCAUAUAAAAACUACAUGUUUAAGCUUAUUUACAGAUUAUACAUAUAUAUAAAAUCUAUAUAUAAACAUAUACAAAUCAUUUAAAUAACUAUACUUGAAGAAAGCUA